AUGGAUAUCGAUGAAAAUCCUAAUUCAGGUCCUCUAAGUGCCCAGCGUAUACGAGAUUUAGAAUCGAUUGAAGAAGUGAUUGUUGAAAUUAUUAAUACGGCUGCUCAUGCAAUUAUGGGUCUGGCAUUGGACGGGAAACAACCCACACAAGAUGGUGAAGAUGAUUUCACAAAAAAGGAUAAGUCUGAAAAACUUACCCUUGAACAACAAGAAGAAAAUUUUAAGGAAUUUGCCCAAAAAUUUGCUAAUUUGAUAGAAGAAAUUCAAAUUAAACUGCGUGUUCAAUUUCGGCAUAUGCGAAAUAUGGGUAUAACAGCUGGUGAUAUACCCUUCUAUACAGUAACAUAUGGAGAAGCAAAAGAGUAUGAAAGUUGGAUGAAUGCUGCAAAAAUCUUACGGAAAAAACUUGACAAUAUUAGCGUUGCUGCAGAUGGUUUGCAAGAUUCAAAAAGCGAAUUAAUGGAAGUUGAUGAAUAA